AUGUCACUGAAGUUUAAUACCGACGACUAUGUGCGUGUUCCACUGCCAAGCCGCUUAGAAGCCAAUGACAGUUCCGAUCCUGAGCUGGAUGGUGAUAUAGAACCCACGGUGGAAACAACCACAACGCGUACUGAACGGGUGCCCAAUGCAUGGAAUAUUGAGUUUUACCAGCAACACUUCGAUGUGGAUACACAUCAGGUGCUGCGAAGAUUGGCGUUUUCAGUCAUCCCAAAUCCCCGCUCAAACUUUAUUCAACAUGUCUUGAAACCACGUGCAGACCUGUACGGCCCAUUUUGGAUAGCAACUACUCUGAUUUUGGCCUCUGCCAUUGGUGGCAAUAUAUCGAGUUAUUUACAAUCUCGCGGACGGCUUGCAUCUUGGCGGUAUGAUUUCCGAAAGGUUACGCUAGCUUCCACAGUGAUCUACAUGUACUGGUGGCUUGUUCCUCUGGGAAUCGUGGCCUUUUUCUAUAUGCAAUCGCGUAAAUCCAAUUCGUCGUCUGAUGGAGAGGACCAAGAUCCGCUUGUUGCCCAGCCGCACUCCCGCGUUCGUGGUCGGCACACGGGUGUCAAGGCACACAACUUCGUCGAACUUCUUUCCGUGUAUGGCUAUUCUCUAACUAUCUUCGUGCCAGUGUCGAUUGCCGGACCACUAAUUAUCGGGAUUGUGCUACUUCACUGCGCUUUCUCAGUUGGGUUGAUGAUGACCUUCUUUCCUGGAUCCCCGUCUGUCGUGACCACCCCAGUUGUAGCUCCCGUCGUCCCUGUAAGUGGUGCUGUUCCAGCCGGCCCGGUUGCGCUGGAUUCUGCGAAAGCUGACGUUCCUCGGGCUGUUCCUGACCCUACUUUGAAGGACAAAGAGAAAAUCGUCGAUGUGCAAAAGACUGCACGAUAAUCAGGUCCUAAAUGACUGGACACCACCUUUCACAGAACGUAAUGAAUUUGCUUCAACUGUUUGUGAUAUCCCCAUUCUUCAAGUUCUCUCUCUCUCACAAUUCCCUGAUAACUGUGCUUCGCUUUCAUUGCUUGUUUAAUGUCAUCGUUUGUAAUAUGCACGGAAGAGACGGACCUGCUCGGCUUUUCACUCGAUUUGCCCGGCCGUUUGCACGCAUAGGUUGGUGCGACCGAAUUUAUCGCAUAACACAUCACGAUGCUUUUCCAACUGGGUUCCUCUUCCGUUGUAAACUAGUGAUUUUCGUGCACUGCGUACUGCUUAUCGCUUGGCUGCAUACUUUAGUGUGAUGUACAUUUGGC